AUGCACCUUAGUGGGAACACUUCACCACCACAGUACGCUGCCACACAAAUCCCUACCAAUGCUGUGGAAUCCUGCACUGAACUAUUAAUUAUUUCUUCCAGCAGUCGGAUGACUACACAACUCGCCGUUCAGCAACUCGAGCGAGAUCGGUUGCCUGUCGUGAAUGAUGAGAUCGCAUCGGAAGACAAUCGAUAUCGUUUGCUUCAAAUCCUCGGGGAUGGUGGCUAUGGAACCGUGUUCCUAAGUCAGAACACACAAAACAGGAACGUCGCCGUGAAAACGGAAAAGUAUAGCAAGUCGAUGCUGCACAUCGAAGUGAACGGUACAUGUAAACCUGACUAUGUUUACGUGGUUAUGACACUUCUUUAUAAAGAUCUCCACAAACUGAGAUCUGAACUGCCUGAUAGGAAGUUCAGCUUCAGUACCGCUCUUCGACUUGCUAUUCAGACGUUCAAUGCAAUCGAAGAAUUGCAUUCGAUAGGCUUCAUAUCUCGCGACAUCAAGCCAGGUAACUUUGCUCCUGGACACAAGGCGACCAAACAAGGAAAGAUCAUCUUCAUGUAUGACUUUGGCCUAGCUAGAAGAUAUCUGGAUAAGAACAAAAAUCUUGUUCCGUCACGAAAUGAAGUGGGAUGGAGAGGCACUACACGUUACGGAAGUUUGGUAGCCCACAAAAGAAUGGAUCUCAGCAGGCGGGACGAUAUAGAGAGUUGGUUCUACAUGUUGAUCGAAAUCACCAAAGGCAGUUUACCAUGGCGACUUGUAACUGACCGUGCGCAGGUGUACGCAGCCAAGCAAGCAGCGCGUGAAGGCGAUGGUCGGAAGAAUUUCUUAAGUGAUACACCACCACAGUACAAUUCACUGCUAACAUGGAUUGACGCUCUGGUUUUUGAAGACACCCCACCCUACUCGAAGUUCUAUAACCUCCUAGAGACUAUUCGCGAGGAGAGCAAAAUUCGCAUGUACGAGCAUUGGGACUGGGAAGAGGAGACGUCUCCUGUAACAAGCAUAUCUAGAACUAAUUCUGAGCGAAAUUAA